GUUGAAAAAACAUGAUCAUUUACUUGCAAUUUUACGUAAACGACAAGGUUUAGUAGGCUUCGCUGUCACUCAUGUCACAUGUGGCAUGUGGGUUGCUGAUGUUCCUGGGUUAUCAAAUAAAAUUCUAAGUAAUCGACAAGAUAAUCAGCUACCACAUUACCCUCGCGAUAAAAUAGUAAAUAAGUAGACUCUCAAUAAGUGAGUAACAAAAAGUCAAAAACUGGAUACCCUUCUCCCUCGUAAAAGAAACGUUUCGUUGUAUUGUCUAUUCUCGUUUUGGUCGCAACAAGUCGUCGGCUCGUCGCAAAGCCAAGAGAGCAACAAAAAGAAAAUCCCAACCUCGUAGCUUCGCUCUCUUCUUUCUUUCCAUCCCCUUCAUCCAUCAAGGAAUCGCCAGAAAGAAUCUCGUCUUCUGAAACUCCCCUGAGGUACUACUACUCACCUAAUCUCUUUCGAUUCUUCCUUCUAACUCGCUUUCUCCCGAUGCUCUCAGCUUUUGAAUUUAUCCCUCCUUUAUGAUUACUCGAAGUUACAAUCAAACAAUUGCUCGCAAUUUGAGAUGCUUUUGGCUUGAAUCGUUCAUCGCAUCUGUAUCGCCUGGAACCCAUCUCGAGUAGCUUUGAAAUAAACCAGAAUAACAAAAGGGCUCUCCUUUUCAAUUUUUGGGGGCUGCUGAGAUCGACAUGGAAAUGGGUUUUCUUUGUAGUGCAUAGACGAAUUGAUUCCAGCUCUCUUGCUUGAAUGGGACUUGAGAUCCUUCAUGUUCUUCGAUGAGCUAUUUGUUCUGUUGAGUGCUCAACUAAUGUGCAGGACUGAAAUGAAAUGUUCAGAAGCGAUUUGAUUUAUGCUGUUACUAAAAUUUCUAGUGUAGCGGAUAAUUGGUAGGGGAUAUGAACGAUUGAUCUUCUGAAUCGGCAACCGUUUCUAUCGAAUCAGCAACAUUGUUGAAAUGGGACUCUACAGCUGUUUUAACUUCAAUGAGACAAUGACCCUUGUCAGAAAAACAGGGGAUAUGUUGCAGUUGUUCACUUUAAGAAGAUUCAGGUGAAGAAAAUUUGGUUUCUUUACUGUACUGAAUGUACUAGGUUCAAUGUUGACUCCCCUUUUCCUUAUUAGAUAAGGGUUGCGGAAUCUAUGACAUAUAUACUGUAAUGUACGCGAUUAUUGUUGCAUUUGUUGAUUUUGUAUGUCUAGUCUAGUUAAAGCUGAAUUCUCUAGUUGCGGAAAGGAUUUGUAUCCUUGGCAUGCAAGUGUUAAGCUUUUGUUGGUGAAAAACUUCAUUGUGUAACUAUGGAAACAUCUCAUUUCACUGCAGUUGGUGGUGGUGGAGGUGUUAUACAAGAUGGGGAAAGGGCGCAUCGAUAUGGAUGCAAUGACUCGUCGUCUGAAGAACCGUGAGAGGCAACGUAGAUACAGGGCACGCAAACGCCUUGAAGCAGAUAUGGACAACGGUUCAAGGGUGGUUAGCCGGCCCAUGCAUGUACAACCGGAGGCUAUAGUAGAAAACCGUCAAGAAAUGAGUUAUGUGUCUCGUGUUCAUUCGACUCGAAAAUGGAAGAAGGAUGCAAGAAGAAGACGAGCUCAAUUAGGUACUAGUUCUGCAGAUAAACGUGCUGCUGCUGUAAUCUCUGAUCUGGCCACCUCAAAUAAUGGAAUUUCAGCACAGCCAAUUUCGACAUCUGAUUUUCAAAUGGCAAGCAAUGGACUCAACAAGCCGAAGCUUGGUCGAAGAAACUGGAAGGCCGAAGCGAGGAACAAGAAGUGAUAAAGAGCGAGCAUGCAGCAUCAGACUUGUCUGUUGUAUAAUGACAGUGUCGAACUGUGAAGUUUGCUAAUGGCGCGAUGUGUAUUGAUCGAUAUAUAUCGUAGUUGGGAAUGGUUUGCAUAUGAGAUAGAAACUCUUGUUUUUUUUAACUGUGCAAUGUGGUAAGUUCUUGCAGGUUGCAGGAUAAUAGAUAUCAGAAGGCAAUGUUAUGCUCUCACCCGAUUCCUUAUAGCUUCACAUGUCAGUUGUUAGGUUCGUGGUUCUGUUGAUUCGACUUGUUGAUACUGUUGUGGGUUGAUUAUUAAUAAGAACUCUUUUCAUUAUUAAUUUGGGGGAAACAGCUCGCUGAUAAGACCAUACGGGUCGUUUGGAUGCAUCAUUUUGGUUCUAUGGUAUUUCGAAUCCAAAUGAUGCAUUAUUUUGCUAUGUGGCAUUUCAUGUGGUAUUUCAUUUUGAAAUGUGGCAAUUGGUGUAAUUGUCUUGUUUGGAUAAAACAUUCAAAUAUUGUGGUAUUUUUUUUCUCUCUUCCUGUCCCGUGUCAGUUUCGUGUCUUUUCGCUCCUUGGAGCUUUCAUGGAGCUGCCCAUUUGUGGCAUAACAAGCUCUUUUAUCGGGAGUCCAGCUGCAUACGGGCUACCGUUCUUUAUUAUUAUAUAUUUUGUAUUCCUGUUGUCCGGCCAUGCCCGAGGGGCUUAUCUUGGAUAAAAAAAAAAAAAAGAAGGGAUGAAGUGGAAAAAGAAGUUGGGAGAUGAGGUAUUUGAAAUAACUAGGGGGUGGGUAGGUAUUUCAAAUAACUCACAAUGAGUUAUUUCAAUGGACUCAUGGACAAAAUACCACAUUCUACUUUAUUUUUGCCAAACGAGUUAUUUUGAUUGAAAUACCUCAUUCUGAGUUAUUUCGACCAAAUUACCUCAUCAAAAUAUUGCAUCCAAACGACCCGAUAGUGAUUUGUAGUCGUCACUCCCUGCGUUAUAUCUCUUCUGAUGUUGCGAGUUACAGCAGGUAAUCCAUGGGGAAACAAUGUUAAUUGAUGAUUCACAUAACUUAAUUCAUAUACAUUGCUCAAAUUUAAUUCAUGAUUAUUCACCAAAAGGAAGUUAAUUGGUGAUUCACACGAGUCAAUUCAUAUACAUGUAAUUAAGGGUCAUACAACAAUACAUCAAUAAAGACAGCCUGGAAAUGGUUUUGUGACUUCUGGUCUCGGUUUUUCUUCUCCAGUUCUCUGAUCCAAAAGACUUUUCUUCUCUUCAGUGGCAAAUAAUUUCUAAUCAACCACAAAAUUAACAAAUUCAUGAGGUAGACAUGUAUGAUUCAUGUACCACAGCAUAAUCUAUCAGGUUUAAUCUAUUUUUUUCGAUAGGAAUUUCAUGUCAUUUUUUGUAAUUCUGAAUAAGGACUCAUGUCAAACUUGAAAGGAAAUCAUUAUCAUGUCAAUGAGAGAAGAAAAAAAACUAUAUAUCCAUUAGACUUUAAACAACAACAUUAAAAAUAUGUUUGUGAUGACUGAUAACUAUGAUUUCCAUCAAUAAUCACAUGAAAUUACCAACAAAUGUGAUAGAAACGUGAUUAACGAUAGUGAAAAUUAAUAAAUUAUCAUGUGAGUUUGAUGAUCGCAAAUCCUAUUUUGAAAGAUGAAUAGCCCCAUAAACAUAAUAAUUAAAUAGAUUAGGUUGAGCAUUUAUCUGUAAUCACAAUUCUAAUUGGUAAUUCUUACCGGCUGCUCUCAAAUUCUCGAAACUCCAAUCCCUUCUCAUCCCAGAGCUCCUUAUCAAUUUGGGCUCGACACCAUCUGAAUUGAAAGUAAUGGUUGCACUGUUAUUCACUCGUCGAGAAUUUUUCUUCACCAUCUUAGGAAUUUUCUCAUACUCUCGUUCUGAGUCCGUCCUCGUCAAAGAUUGGCAAGUCAGACAAUUCAAACUCAUAUUUGCUAAUGAACAAAGAGGAGAAAAUAUUAUAAUUAGUUGGCCCUAGAGAACUUUUCGUUCCCACUCUCUAAAGUUUGAUCAUGAUUCACAAAUCUUCUUCCCCAAGAAAUUGAACAAUGAUUAAGUUCUUUAAUUUUCUUGGGGAAUUUGAUUUGAAGGGGAAAUCAAAAUUUUGAGAGAGAUCAUACACAACCUCUUUCUUCCUCCAUGGAAGAGUGGGUAUCACAAUUUAAAGGCAAUUUGGAAAGGUCAAUCUAGGGUUAAAAACAGAAGUGGUAAGUUUGAAAUUUGUUAUUUGGCAAUCUUUUUACCGUAUUUUGAAAUUGUUUUACUUUGUUGGUCUUUUAGUUUUUGCCAAUAAAAUUUGGUUUUAGUU